AAAUGCACAGAAACAAGGUUAAAUGCCUCACAUCCAUGAACAUAUACAUCAAGUCUCAACAAGUGUAAGUGUCAACAUCUCACAUCAACAAUUUAUCAUGGAUGAUGGGCAUACAGAAAGAAUGGAUACAACACUGAACUAUGAUUACGGACUCGAUGGCCCAUGCAUUACUGAAGAUUCGCACCUAUACUCAGAUUUAAAGGCUGUCAUUUUCUUUAUGGUCUUUGCGCUGGGCCUCAUUGGAAAUAUCACUAUCAUAUGGGUCCUCCUGAAAGUCAUGCAUCUGAAAAACAUGACCAAUGUCUGCCUUCUGAAUCUGGCUCUAUCAGACCUAUUAAUGGUCCUUUCUCUGCCUUUCUGGGCUCUCUAUGCCCAGGGUCACUACUUUAGAGCCAAUGCAGUAUGUCGUGCUAUGGCAGGUGGAUACCAAGUGGGAUUUUACAGUGGCAUCCUGUUUGUGACCUUGAUGAGUGUGGAUCGCUAUCUGGUUAUCGUACACGCCGUGGCGGUGCUGGGUGCAAAGAUGCUGCGUUAUGGAGUUGUGGUGAGUGUCAUUAUAUGGGUGGUUUCGAUCUGUGCUGCCCUCCCCGAGGCAGUAUUUGCAGCAAUGGUCACGGAGGAUAACAUUACCAACUGCCAGAGAGUUUAUCCUGAAGGCACUGCCCGGAUGUGGAAGCUUUUCCGUAACUUUGGUGAAAAUACAGUUGGGCUUUUCAUUUCUUUGCCGAUUAUAGCCUACUGCUACUUUAGGGUCCUCUUGGUUGUGCAGAAGACCAAAAACUCAAAAAAGGAUCGGGCUAUAAAACUCAUCUUUGCCAUUGUUGCCGUGUUUGUGGUAUUCUGGGUGCCCUAUAAUGUGGUGGUGUUUCUGAAAACAUUGCAGGAGUUUAAUAUUCUAAGUAGCUGUGAGGCUUCACAUCACAUCAACAUGGCCAUGGGCUUGACUGAGAAAAUCGCACUGAUGCACUGCUGUGUAAAUCCAUUGAUUUAUGCUUUUGUUGGAGAGAAGUUCCGGAAAAGCCUAACAAACGCGUUUUCAAGAUAUCUUUCAUGUAUUAAGGUCUACCAAGCUACAUCAAUUCAUUCAAAAGUUUCAGACAAUGAAACCUCCAACACAGCUUUUUAA